AUGGCGGGAGCCUCCGACCCACUGGAGGACAUGCUCUUCAAUGAGGUGGAUGAAAAAGCAGUUAGCGACUUAGUCGGCUCUCUGGAAUCACAACUGGGCGACCGAAAGAUUCCCGCUGCUUCAUCUUCCGACGGGAAACGGGAGGCAGCUCCGGCCGCCGCGGCUGUCCUGGGUCCGAGCGCGGCUCCCAGCACCACCAUCGUCCCCGCGGCGGAGACUAUCAGGACCGUUUCUCCCGGACUGCAAAGUUUAAACGGCAGUGCUGUAAAGUUGGUGAACUCGCCCGCGGUCCCUCCACCUAUCGGGUCCGGCACUGUGAUCAAUACUGUCAGUGCGGGGGGCUCCGCUGUCAUCGCCUCCAUGGCUUCGCAGCCCACGUUCCCGGUACCUCAGUCCUCAGUGUCGUCUCCUACUGUGGCUCUGCAGGGACUCCCCAGUCCGGCGGCCAGCGUCGCCCAGAACGGUGUGGACCCCAAGCUGGUGACCCAGAGUGCCCCCUCCUCAUCAACCUCCACCUCUCAGGUCUUCAACCACAGCAACCCUCUGAUGCACACCAAGAUGCUGGUGCCCAACCUGCCAGUGUCUGGAAACUCGGUCAUCCUGGCCAGUACUCCUCCUGCAGCAGCCCAAUCUGCCAUCAGCCAGACUCAGACUGGGACCAGUACCCCUGCUGUCACCCUGGCUGCUGCCGGGGUAAAGCCUGCAGUGAAUGGAGUGGGCCAGCCUACGGUGGCUGUGCUGAGGCCUCCGGGCGCUCCUGUGGUGGCCACCUCCAUCCAGCAGCAGAGGCCAGGGCUGGUGGCGGGUAUGGUUCUGGUCCAGACAGAGACGGGGCAGCUGGUGAUGGUCCCUCAGCAGGUGCUGGCCCAGGCUCAGGCCAAGAUGCAGCAGAGCCAAACGGUGACCAACAUUACCCAGAGACCUGCAACACCCAUGGCUGGAGCCACCAUCCGGGUCAGCACUGCCACUACGGCUCCAGGUACGCCUCAGACCGUCCGCCUGUCCUCCCCUGCGCAGACCAGAAUGGUUCAGUCCCCCUCCACCACCUCUGUACAGGCCGUCACGGUGGCCCCCGGCGGUACAGCGGUGUCGGUGAAGAUGACGACUCCUCAGAAGACCCCGACAGUGAUCACAACAGGGGGGGCGCCUCUGGCCAAACCCGCCGGUGUCCCGUCUACCCCCAUGACCAGCACGCCGCCCGCCGCCAGAGUCACAGUGGUGUCGCAGGAAAUGCAAGAAAACGUGAAGAAAUGCAAGAACUUCCUCGCCACUCUCAUCAAGCUGGCGUCUCACAAUUCCCCUUCUCCAGAUACCUCCAAGAAUGUGAAGUCCCUGGUGCAGGACCUACUCGAUGCUAAGAUUGAGCCGGAGGAGUUCACCACUCGGCUGCAGGCGGAGCUGAAGUCUUCCCCGCAGCCGUACCUCAUCCCCUUCCUCAAGAAAAGCCUCCCUGCCCUGCGCCAGUCUCUGCUCAGCAGCCAGCAGUCUCUGAUGACCGCCACCCCCAGCACCGCCGCAACUCCCCUGGCUGCCCCCAGCUCCGUCACCACCACCACCAUCAGACCACAGCUGCCUACCAGUCCGGCCAGCAGCUCCAUCAGACUGAACACACCGCUCACAAACACAGCAGCUCUGGCUGUGGGUCGACCAGGAGUCCAGACUGUUCAGACUCGGACGCCUGUUGUCAUCACUCAGACUCUCAGACCCCCAGCCACGCUCAUGCGAGGACCCACAACCAUUAUCAGCAAAAGUCCGGUUAACCUGGCAGCUCCAGGCAGUCAGAAGAAACUCAGUGACCCAGGGGGCGGGACAUUCAGAGAUGACGAUGACAUUAACGACGUGGCGUCCAUGGCCGGUGUCAACCUUAAUGAGGAAAAUGCCCGUAUCCUAGCAACCAGCUUGGAGCUUGUCGGCACAAAGAUCCGCUCCUGUAAAGACGAGUCCUUCCUGCCCACCGGCCUGCUGCACCGCCGCAUCCUGGACACAGCGAAGAAGCUCGGUGUGACCGAGGUACCGUUGGAAGUGGUGAACUUCAUCUCCCAUGCGACCCAGUCCAGACUCCGCUCGCUGCUGGAGAAGGUUUCAGCUGUGGCUCAGCAUCGUACAGACGGGGGAAAGGAUGAAGAACUUUACGAGCAGACAUCAGACGUUCGCACUCAGCUUCGUUUCUUUGAGCAGUUGGAGCGAAUGGAGAAACAGAGGAAAGACGAGCAGGAGAGAGAGAUGCUGCUGAAGGCUGCAAAGAGCCGGGCCAGACAGGAAGAUCCCGAACAGGCUCGUCUCAAGCAGAAGGCAAAAGAGAUGCAGCAGCAGGAGCUGGCUCAGAUGCGACAACGAGACGCAAACCUCACAGCCCUUGCCGCCAUCGGGCCGCGCAAGAAACGCAGGCUGGACUCACCGGGAGGAAGCACAGAGGUGGCUUCAGGCUCGGGUGCAGGCUCCGCCUGGCUGCGUCCCGCCAGCAGCUCCGUCAGCGAAUCACACGAGUUAACCUCAGGGACUUCAUCUUCUGUCUGGAGCAGGACCGCACCACGGCUCACUCUCUGAUGCUCUACAAGGCUCUGCUGAAGUAAAGGGUGGGCCCGCUGCAGAUGAUGAGCUAAACUACGCUUCACGGGUGUUUCAGAGUCUGGGUCCCUCCUCGAGUCCCCGCAGCACCUUCUAAUCACCGGUUUGUUCUCCAGACUCUCAUUUCUAGUUUUACACGCCCUUUGAGAAGGAUGUCUGUUUUAGCCCACGCAGGUGUCUCCUUUUAGACUGCACAUCACAUGUGAACUCCAUGUUUGCUGAGAGAGAACUCCACUGAUUUUUAACGGCUUGGUGACACCAGGGAGCAGCACAGCGAACAGGGCUCGCUGGUGACUCGCCGUGCUGCUCACAGCAGACAAACUAAACUACCGGGGGAACCGGAUCCUAACGAAGCUGAAUGGACUGUCAGUGUUUCUUACUGGAUUUUAUUUUGGCGGUACACUUGCAACUAUUCAGGCAGCAGUUUGUUGACAUGCCAGUCGAGGAACAUGUCACAGAUUCGCCCAUCUCUGAACUACAAGCUGGAGGCAGACGUGAACGUGGCGCUAGCCUGAAGUGCAGCUGUCUCAUAACUGCGUGUGAACCAGUGACACUUUCCCAGUGAAUUGAAUCAGAACAUUUGACUUGAAGUGUAGCUGCAACUAACCAUGACUUUCAUUAUUGAUUAAUCUGCCAAUUAUUUUUUUCGGUUAAUUGUUUAAUCUAUAAAACAUUUUAAAAAACUGUGGGAACCAAUUCCUGGAGCAGGAAGCAAUGUUAUUAAAUGUCCUGUUUUGUCCAAAUCAAAAACUACUCUAUUUACUACAGUAUUAUGUAAGACAGAGAAAAGCCACAGAUUCUCACAUCAUAGAACCUGGAACCAACAAAUGUUUGUCUUUUAUGCUUAAAAUGGCAUUAACCAUUAUUAUGAAUAUGUUUCAGUUCUGGUGUGACCGGCCGUUACGCUGACUGAGUUUUUUUUAAUGGAUCAGAUUUGAUGCGACGGAAUAAGAGCGAUCCACUUCUUUUAUUCUGCACACUUUUUCCCAAACCUGGGUCCUAAAUUACCCACAAUUCAUCUGGACUUCUGACAGUUGAGUGCAGGAUGCAGUAGUACUCUACAACAUCUGGAAGAGUAACAGUUGGAUCUCAAGUCUGGGGUGUAGGCAGACUUGUUAUGAUUCAGGUUAAAGGAAAACCAACUUCUCCCCAGAAUCUGCUCCUAGGUCUUGGGAUCUAACCCUAAACUGGGAACACUGAGCUGGAAAAUCGGUGGAGUUCAACUUUUUAAAGCAGCAGAAGCUAAUGUACUGACUAUUGUGCAGGUCUGAAAGGAGGCACCGUUUCCUGUGUGUUCUGCUUCCAGUGUUAUCCAGACUGUGAUGAGCUGGAUUAUUCACAAGGUUUGGGAUGCAGCGCUGUACCUACACAGGUGCCUUUGAGUUGAAGCUUUCCCAACCUCUUCAUUUAGAUUUUCUGUCCUACUCAGGACGCCAGGCUCGUGACCGCCUCCUCACUUUGUUUUUAAAGUUUCUGAUCACACUCGGGUCUGAGAGGUCGGUCACUUUUUGCAUUUUAAGUCGUUCUCUGCUACAGGGUGGAACUGAAUAAUGUAUUCUGGAUAUUUUGCUCAGCAUCGUGUUGUCAGAGGUACGUGCACUGUGAAGCCUCAGCGGUUGUAUGGACAGUGAAGGAGCAGAGGGAAAAGUUGGUCUAAUUUUAAUGUGUGUUUGUGAGUUCUAUCAUGUGUGCGUGGGAGUAGAGACUUGUGGAUUUAUGGGAUAAUUAUGCUGAAAACAGUGACACCUGACAGACUUGAAUGGUUAAAGGAACAGUUCAACAUUUAUGUAAAUCCUCUGGACUUUCUUUAUGGGGUGCAGUUGUUCAGACUGAGCCCAGUGUCUUUCUGUGUGUUAAUUAUGAUGCUGCUGCCUGUUAGCUUUUCUUAGCUUAGACACUGGAAAGGAGGGAAACAGUUGGCCUUCACUCAGCAGCACUGCUAAAGCUCAACGUGUACAAAGGCAGGUUGUGGUAUUGUGGAUGGAUGUGUCACGGAUGAAUUGUUGGCCCAUUGUUCCAAAACGUCCUGGUGACAGAGCGAACAUGGUGGUGGGUGGUCAUAGUGAUGCAGCUGAAACAAGAAAACCUGUAGUUGUCCUAAGGACAGUCCUAUUAAUCUUCAUUUAGUUACAGUCUACCUGGUGCCAUGUGUCCUAAGACAGUGUGUACACAAUCCGAGCAGCUGUGCACUGGGUGAUUCAGGUCAUGGCUAUGAUUGUAGGACAGUUUUUCUACUGACAGUAGAAAAGAAAAGUACCGUUAGUGAAGGUGAACAGCUUGUUGUGGACAGUUUCACUAUGAAAACAGAUGAGUAUGCAUUGACCUUUUUAAUAACCUUUUGAUGAAUUCCCCUAUUUCUGGUCUUUAUCCUUUAAGCUAAGCUAGCUGUUUCCCUCUGUUUCUAGUCUUUAUGCUACGCUAGUAGCUGCUGGCUGUA